CAGCUGCUGGUGGGAUGGACACCCUGGAAGGAAUUUGGGCCAAUGGGAGCAGCACGGCCCCUGUGGCCAACAUCAGUGACCCCCACCGCUGUCUAUUACUGCUCUAUGUGGACAUCGGCUCAUCACGGGUGCGUUACUGGGACCUCUUGCUGCUCAUCCCCAACGUGCUCUUCUUCAUCUUCCUGCUCUGGAAGCUUCCAUUAGCUCGGGCCAAGAUCCGCGUGACCUCCAGCCCCAUUUUUAUCACCUUCUACAUUCUGGUGUUCGUGGUGGCGCUGGUAGGCAUUGCCCGGGCCGUGGUGUCCAUGACGGUCAGCACCUCCAGUGCAGCGACGGUGGCAGAUAAGAUCCUGUGGGAGAUUACCCGCUUCUUCCUGUUGGCCAUCGAGCUGAGCGUGAUCAUUCUUGGUCUUGCCUUUGGUCACUUGGAGAGCAAGUCAAGUAUCAAGCGGGUACUGGCCAUCACCACGGUGCUGUCCCUGGCUUACUCAGUCACCCAGGGGACACUGGAGAUCCUAUACCCUGAUGCCCAUCUCUCAGCUGAAGAUUUCAACAUCUACGGCCACGGGGGUCGCCAUUUCUGGCUGGUCAGCUCCUGUUUCUUCUUCCUGGUCUACUCACUGGUGGUAGUGCUCCCCAAGACGCCUCUGAAAGAGCGGAUCUCUCUGCCCUCUCGCAGAAGCUUCUAUGUCUACGCGGGGAUCUUGGCGCUGCUGAACUUGCUGCAGGGCCUGGGGAGUGCAUUGCUGUGUGCAAACAUCAUCGAGGGGCUCUGCUGUGUAGAUGUCACCACAUUUCUCUACUUCAGCUUCUUCGCGCCCCUCAUCUACGUGGCCUUCUUGCGGGGCUUCUUUGGCUCGGAACCCAAGAUCCUCUUCUCCUACAAAUGCCAAGUGGACGAGACCGAGGAACCUGAUGUGCAUCUGCCGCAGCCCUAUGCCGUGGCUCGGCGGGAUGGCCUGGAGACAAGUGUGGGUGCAGCUAGCACCCAGUUUGACUCAGCUGGCGUGGCCUACCUGGACGACAUGGCCUCCAUGCCUUACCACACGGGCAGCAUCAACAGCACAGACAGCGAGCGCUGGAAGGCCAUCAAUGCCUGAGCGAUACAAGCCCAUGGGGUCUGCUCUGUGAAGGCAGGAGGCGCAGGCAGAGGCACUGGAGUUGCGGGCAGAGCCGUCUCCCUUGGCGGUCAAGACCUUCCCUUGCCUCCCGCUUCCCCCUUGCCUGCUGCCCUCACCUUGCCCUGCCAUGAGGCCCUUCCUUGGCUCUCCCAGGGUCAGACCCCCGGGGCUCGCCACAGGCCCCCUUCUCCCAAGCCUGGGCUCCCCCAGGACAGCGGCUGUGACCACCCUUGUCCCCUCACCCAACCCCAGAGGCGUAUUGAAGUGUAUAUUUUCUUGAUCUAUUUUUUAAUAAAAUGACAAAGAAGUGG